AUGAACAGCUCAAAUAAACCCACACGAGCACAAGAGCACCAAAAGACUAAUCGACAGUUGUUGCCCAGAAAGUCUCUCAAGACAGAUCAUGAGCCGCAAUACGUGCCCCUCGAUGUCUCCGACAUACCCAGGGCAGCCUUGACAUCAGUCGCGUGCAACAACUGCCGCCUCAGGAAAUCAAAGUGUGAUGGUCAUAAACCAACAUGUUCGGCCUGCGCAAGCCGAAGACAGCAAUGUAUAUAUCGCGCCGAGGUUUCUCAUGAGAAGAUGGUGGAGCUGAGGAAGGGCUCUAAAGAUCUCUUUCAGGCACUGGAGCUCUUGAGAACUGCCCCUGAUGAACACACCCAGUCCCUCCUGGAGAGAUUGCGCAGCAGCGAGUCUGUAUCGGACUUCUUGCAGGUUCUUGACUCGGGCAUUAUAAAGUCACCUUCACCAACCGACCCCUUGGCCACCAGUCCCGCGGGAACUUCAGCCGACUCAACAAUAGAGCUAGACCUCAACAUGCGAUAUUCUGGUGUAUUCCCUCCUCUAGAAACUCUUGAUAUCAAGGAUGUAGAUCUUGGUCUACUAGCAGUUAACAAACGAGCCUUGAUAUCUUCGAAUCAACAAGCAACAUCACCUUUGACACCACACAUCCCGAUAGAAUUCGGCCAGAGAUCGGAAACACCGACAACUUCUGAAUCCUUCUCGACACCAAGCGAUACCACUGGAGAUAAUGGAGUUGAUCCUCGGCUGGAGUCUCUUCAAAUAUGGCAGUGGACUUCCAUACCUAUACCCGAAAACCUCGCUGCGCAAGCCAUAUCAUUCUACCUUGUAAACGAGCACCCGCUUCUCGCAUUCUUCGAUGCCGAUUUAUUUAUUCGCGAUCUUUUAGCAGGCGGCGGUCGCUUCUGUUCUCCCCUGCUCUUCAGCUCACUUCUUGCCUGGUCCUGCGCUUCAUACUCUCAGUUUGAACCACGAGCUCAAAAACUAUCUCUUGCGUUUCUAAGAGAAGCCAAGAGGCGAUGGGAGGAUCUACCAGACCACACUGCCAUCACUACGUUAUCAUCAGCAAUGUUUCUUGUCCUUACUUGCAACCAGCAUGGCCAAGACAAAGUUGGUCUUAUAUAUCUCGACGCCAGCACAGAAAUUGGCCGUUGCCUUGGUCUAUUCGGCGGUGAGGAAACAGCUGUGCCCAAUUUCAACGACGACGACGAAUUACGGACAGCAGCAUCAUUUGCCGCUUGGGGGACCUUUGGCUGGCACAGUCUGCACUGUAUCAACUUCCGAGCGAAACACCGAAUACGACACCAGCCAUCUUUACCUAUACCAGGAGAUGUAUCUGGGCCGCUCCUGAAUGAGCAUAUGGGUAGCACGUUUACGUGGAUAUCCAAGUUCUGGGCCAAAGUACACCAAAUAUUUGGAGAAGGUUAUAACCACUUCAGCCGCCUGCCUAUGUCACAUGCACGUCAGAUGUAUCAGUUGUUGCUUGACUGGGCCAGUAUCCUUCCAGAGGACGUACAGAGGGGUGAAAACUGCCCCCAUCAUGUUUUGGUACUACACAUUUGGUACCAGACAGCAAUAAUAGACAUAUGGCGCCCAUUCCUCGGACGUCGAAGCUAUGAAGACGCUGGGGAAGGCGAGCUUGCCACCGCGACGCAUGAAGCAUCCGUCCACCAGCUCAAGCGACUUGUAUACAUAUACCGGAAAAGGUUUGAGACAACAAAUCUCACCAUGUUCAUCACUCCAGGACUUCUCACCCUAAUCAACGAGGUGUUUCGAAAUCCCGAUGCAUCUGACGCUCAGUUUUACUUCAUAUUGGCGGCGCGCGGAUGCCUGUCAAUAGCAUCUUGGUGCAAGGGACUUCGCGGUAUCACAGAAGGCUUAAUGACCAUCGGAUGGCAGAAUGGAACCUUCAAGCGUGAAGAAUGGACAAACAACAGCAUGAUUGAGGAUAUCAGAGCUACAACACGGGCGCUCACCCAAGACGGCACAUAUAGCAGCCUUUACCCAAUCAGCCUGGAUUCAGCGAGCGAGAGCAUGGACGACAUCGGCAUGGAAGCCCUAGCGGGCGAAUUCCUGCGCUUGAGCUCACAAAACGAGCCUCCGCGUGGGAAAGAAGUUGAAAUAACAAGCGACCAGGACAUCUGGAAGGGAGAUCAACGAGACUUGGAAUUGACGUUAACUGAGGCGACAGAAGAGGAGGAAUUCCAUUAG